GGCGAGCGCGGUUCGCCCGGUGUAUGCUUUAAUAUGUAUGAUGUGAUGCAUGUGAUGCUUGUAUGUAUUAUUGCAUGGUGGAUGAUUGUGGCUUAGUUAUAUUUGUUGUAAUUUUAAAUACGGCCUGCGUGUCGUGCCUCAUCUCUAUACUCUGGAUGCAAGACUGCGUUAUAAAUCCCUCAUAAUUUUAAGUCUGUGCCACCCCGACGCCCCGUCACUUGUCAAACCCAAUUUAGAUCGGUAACGGACUCACCCAAGUGAGACGCCCGGUUUACGUUGGUUAGGCGCGAAACCCGUAACUAGGGUACUGACUCGCCCCGGGUUAGUCUUAACUAAGUCUUGGUCAUAAGGAUGAGAGACUUAGGGCACUGCGGUAGGAUCAAUAAAUAAAAUCAGAGCAUCCAACAAGAGUUGUAAAUUGUUACAAUUGGAAUUUAUUCCUACCAGAAAUAAUUUAACUGUAGGGCAAGAUGCAAAGCACAACUAUAGUUAAAUGAAAUAUGGAUCUCGCCCAAUUAAGAAUUUUAUUUAAAAGAAUCCACCGAACCAAGAGUUGUAAUAACGAUUGCAAUUGGAAUGAAUUCCUACCUAAAUAAUUUAACUGUAGGGCAAGAUGCAAAGCACAACUAUAGUUAAAUAAAAUAUGGAUCUUGGCCCGCUAGGGUAUUCUUCAAAUAGAAACCCAAAGUCAAUAGGUUCCGUACCUGAGGGUAGUUGACUUGUUAGAAAUAGUGGGAGAGUAUUUAAUAAAGACCUAUUAGAUACUUAAUUCAUGAUAAUAACUAUCUUCGCAAAAUUCUGUAGAUGGCAAACAACACAAACAACCUCGCCCUGCGUUCCAUUCUGGAUAAAGAUAAAUUGAACGGAACAAACUUUGUUGACUGGCAACGCAAUCUCUGCAUUGUUCUCCGCAUGGAUGAGAAAGAGUAUGUGCUCGAAAAGCCCAUUCCUCCUGCCCCUCCCGCUAACGCCCCGAAAGCGGUCAAAGAUGCCUACGAGAAACACGUUAAGGAUGACAACCAGAACCCUAUACCGUUGUUUUGCGACAACAAUGGGGCAAUUGCACAAGCGAAAGAACCUCGGUCUCACCAGAAGACCAAACACAUCGUUAGACGUUAUCACAUCAUACGAGAAAUCGUUGCACGUGGGGACGUUGAGAUUUGCAAGGUAGGUACAGACGACAAUAUCGCGGAUCCGUUGACGAAGGCUUUGGGAAAGCCUAAACACGAGAGUCAUACGUGGUCCAUGGGCAUUCGAGAAAUGCUUGAUUGGCCUUAGGGCAAGUGGGAGAUUGUUGUAUUUAGUUUUUACUAUCCUAUAUUAAACUUGCUAGCACAAGUUUAAUCUUGGACUCCGGAGCAAGUUCGUGUGGAUACGUUGGAGGCUUCAUACGUUUGGCGCUACGUUCAUCUCCUCAAAACCAUCCCCGACCGUUCCUCCGUUCUCCGUUUUCACCGUUAAGGUAAAUUUCUUACUAUAGCUAGUAAUUUACGUAAGUUGUUCUUGGGUGGAAUCGAGUUUCGGACUAUAAAUUUUUGUUUUCCGCUGCGUUAUCCAAGCCUCGUUUCCCAACAAGAAGAAGGGUGCAUUUUGGGCCUUGGAGAGGGCUCGAAACCAUCCGACAUAGUUAAUUCUCCAAUGUCGAUCUGGCCCGGCCAGCAGCAUUAUCUUAAAGGAAGACUGAGACACAGGCCCGGCCUGGCACGCUGGUUACUACACCGGUCUUGCUCAGUAUAAUAAAGAAAAUAUGUGACCCAGU